AUGGCUGGCCAAAUUACCCCAGAAGGACAAGUCCUUCCUCCUCGGAACAUCACGGCACCUGCUCCUCUCCUCAGCCUCCGAGGAUUCCAUUGGGAUACUGUAGACAAAAAGCUUGCUCGUCCUCAGCUCAGCCAAGACCGUGAUUCAAGUGUAUCCAGAGGCGAGUCUCAUGACGAUGCAGAUGUUGCGAAGGUACAGGAGCCCUUCGUCGCUGCCACCGCGCCGUUGUUGGCCCGUGCAGCAGCGGUACCGGCAGCACCUGCAGCACCAAAGGCACCAGUACCACAGCUACCACAAGAGCCACUGGCGCUAUCCGGGCAGUUAACAACACAGCUCGGCCACGUGUCGGGUCGACCUAAGCCGGGCCCGCCGAAGUUCCCACUUGAACAAUUUCAGGGCGCUUAUGCUGGCAACGGAUUCAAUUUGAUCUUUCGUCCUCGUGCCAAUAACGACGACACGGUUUUUGAAAAGAAGCCCAACCCAGGGAAUGGCCUACCUCCAGACAAUAUUCUCCAGCUGAGCCUUACCACGGAGCAAUUGACGUUUGGAGCGACACUUGGCAACAUACCAAACCGUGGACUCUUCGAGGAGCCUAACAUCUUCCUCACUGGCUUGCCAUAUUUGCAAACUGUCCAAGACGUCACAAACCCGGAGACCGGAAAGGGUGAUAGGCUUGACCCUACUGACAUUCAUUUCGAACCUGGAGUAUGGCUCAACGUUCCCAAGGCAACCUUCAACCCGAGGGACAGCGUAGUGCGCAUGGCAUCCAUACCACACGGCACAACUAUCAACGCACAAGGCCUCGUUCCCACAAAGACCAACAGCGGCCUCGGCGGAGCUGCCAGUCGUCCAAUUUUCGAUGUCAUUGACACCACACCAUUCUUCACCGCCUCUGGGAAGAAGCAAGUAUUCCCUAAUAUGAAUGCAGCCGACCCUGCCACCUUCAGAAUUCCACAGAAUCUUGAAAGAUUCAACGACAAACCGGACAGCAAAGGUGUCAUGGGAACUGGCUUGAUCACGACGGAGAUCAUCAAGAACCCAAACUUAAUCCUCGCAAAAGCUACUCAGACCCAGAACAUAACAGAGACAAUUACCUUUGAGGUCUCCACCGGAUUCCCAACAGCCGAGCUCAAUGGCGGCGGAACAACCAAUAUCUCAUUCCUCGCUGGCAAACAGGCCCCAUUGAGUACUACCCAAGCUCCAGACCCAGCAAAGGUCCUCAACCCGGAGAAUCCAAUCGCCCAUGCAGCCUUCAUGAAAUCCAAGUUCUGGAUCGAAACGGUACAGUACGACGUCUUCGUCCCCAAACUAGCCGAAAAGACCACUCUACUGCUGUCACCGGAGAUCCCGGCGGGCUCCACGGCGCCAACCCCUGUAUUUGCGGUCACAACACCACCUAACGGCAACCCCCAACGAAAGAAGAUCACUAUCCCCGGCAUCCAGAUCCAAUCCUCGCAGACAGUGAACCUGAAUUUCGCACCGCUCACUUGGCCGCAUGUCAGUGUCGCGACAAUGGUGCCCAAGGAUCCGCAGCCGUUUCAGAUGACUUGA